AUGAAAGGAAUCCAACAUGCAAACAGUAUGCCUGUGCUCUGUCCUAGUGACGAUGACAGUGCAUCUCGAUCGACUUCGAGUAACGAAAACAGCACCAACGGAGAUAUGAAACAUGCCGAAAGUUCAUUCUGCCUCACUGACCUAAACGAGGAAGCCGAAACCCCAGUUGCCCCCCACGUUGGGUACAAGAAGGUUUUGGUCACAGGAGGUGCCGGUUUCAUCGGUAGCAACGUUGCCGAAUAUCUUCUUGCUCGUGGUGAUGACGUUGUAAUUGUGGACGAAAUCAAUGACUACUACAGCGUCGACAUCAAGCAAUCCAAUCUUGAUCACCUUCGAUCUCUUUUCCCGGAUGAAUCUCGCCUCUCCAUCUACAAGGGAGACAUUUGUGACGAAAAGUUCAUGCUUGACCUCUUUGAGAAAGAAAGGCCUAAAUGGAUUUGCCACAUGGCUGCCAGAGCCGGAGUUCGACCUUCCAUCCAGGAUCCUUACAUCUACAUCCACUCCAACAUCAAGGGUACCACUCAUUUGAUGGAGUUGGCCCACAAGUUUGGUGUUGAGAACUUUGUCUUUGCAUCUUCCUCUUCGGUCUAUGGUGGUUCCAAGUCUUCCUAUUUCUCCGAAUCUGAAAACGUGGACAAUCCUGUCUCCCCAUAUGCUGCCUCCAAGAAAGCCUGCGAGCUCCUUGCCUACACUUACCACCAUCUUUACAACCUGAACACUUCGGCUCUCCGUUUCUUCACUGUUUACGGUCCACGUGGACGCCCUGAUAUGGCUCCAUUCAAGUUUAUUGACCGCAUCAGCCGUGGGGUCGAGAUUCAGCAAUUCGGUGAUGGUUCCUCUUCUCGUGACUACACUUACAUUUCGGAUAUUGUGGAAGGUGUUGUCCGGGCUAUCGACCGCAGACACAAGUACGAAGUCUUUAACCUUGGAAAGGGAUCGGGUACAUCGCUCAAGGAUUUCAUCGAUCUUGUUCAAAAGCACACUGGCAAGUCCGCCAUUAUCAAUGUCUUGCCCGACCAACCCGGUGAUGUACCAUACACUUGUGCCGAUGUCAACAAGGCUAGCAAGCUUCUUGGGUACAACUCGACCGUGUCUUUUGAAGAGGGAAUCAAACGCACCGUUGCAUGGUACAACCAAGCCCACGGUACCAACGAUGAAUCCGUAGGCUGCGCAACAGCUUCUCACAUGGGACGUGCUCUCUCGAUCAUUGAUUUAGACAGAGAAUGCUGA